AGCUCUUUCCUGUAUGAAAUAAGAUUCAGUAUGCCCAAAGUGAAAUUGCACAUUCCCAAUUCCUUUUUUCACCCUCCUCCAGGGCAUCAAUAUUCACUUAGCCAAGAAGAUGAUCGAGGACAGGAGUAGAGAUUAUAUGAAUGCACGACGUGUGGCAAAGGAAUACGAGACGGUGAUGAAGGGGCUGGACCGCAACGCUCCCUCCGUGCCCCCCCAGAACACCCCCCAGGAGGCUCAGCAGGUGGACAUGUGGAAGAAGUACAUCCAGUGGGAAAAGAGCAACCCUCUACGAACAGAGGAUCAAACUCUCAUAACAAAAAGAGGUAGUUACGUUAGAUCAUGCCAUGCUAAGGCACAAAGAAUUGUAUUUCUCAGCUCCAGCUUAAGUCGUGGUUUGGUGUUCAGGGACUGUGCUGGAGUAGAAGUUGAUCGAGUUUCUUGA